UCGGUCACUGUAGAUUUCAAUUAUCGCGAGCCUGACUGCAACCGUUCUUCCUCCGUCGCGUCUUUUGUUUUUUUCUCUUCACAGCAAAAACCCACCCGUACGCGUGCGCUCCACGCGCCUCCACUAUCCCCAGCACCAAGCUUCCUCUUCUCUCCAAUCAUCAAAUCGCUUUCAUUCUCCAUCUCCAGAGAUAUCAUCUGCGCUUUCUGCGCCCUAGUUCAUUUCAUUGUCUAUCAAUCCCAAAUCCCAUUUUAGGGUUUUAUCACUGAAAUUGAUACCUUCGAGUAGAGAUUUCGCUGCCGAUCUAAUUGACUUGACACAUCCGUAACAUGUGAAUUGCUGUUUACAAACAACGACAAUGGUUGAUAGCAGCAAUAAUAAGAGGAAAGAGUUCAUCAGUGAAGGAGACAUCGCCACUCUUUUACAGAGAUAUGACACCGCGACGAUACUGAAGUUGCUACAGGAAAUGGCAUAUCACGCUAAACCCAAUAUGGACUGGAAUGAGUUAGUGAAGAAGACUAAUACUGGAAUAACCAACGCUAGAGAAUACCAGUUGCUGUGGCGGCAUCUUGCUUAUCGAGAUUCUCUCCUCCCCAAGGAAAAUAAUGCUCAGCUUCAGGAUGAUGAUAGUGACAUGGAGUGUGAAUUGGAAGCUUCCCCUGAAGUCAGCGUUGAUGCAGUCGCGGAAGCUGUUGCGCAUGUGAAAGUGAUUGCUGCUUCCUAUGUUCCAAGUGAGUCCGACAUUCCUGAAGACUCAAUGGUUGAGGCUCCCUUGACCAUUAACAUACCUUAUGGCCUGCAUAAGGGGCCUCAGGAACCAUCAGACUCGUAUUGGUCGUCAAGAGGGAUGAAUAUCACCUUUCCUGUUUCUCUUCAGAAAGCAGCUGAGGGACAUAAUGGAAAUGGGUUAGCCAGCAGCAUGGCUACUCGGAAGAGAAGAAAAAAAUGGUCAGCUGAGGAGGAUGAGAACCUGGUCACUGCUGUGAAACGACAUGGUGAAGGCAGCUGGGCCCUUAUGGCGAAGGUAGAAUUUGACGGAGAGAAAACGCCCUCACAACUCUCCCAGCGGUGGGGGGCUAUAAGGAAAAGGUGUGAUACUUCAAACUCUUCUUCCCAAUCUGGCCUACAGCGAACAGAAGAACAAAUGGCAGCUAAUCGUGCAUUAUCUUUGGCAGUGGGAAAUCGAGUUCCCUCAAAAAAGCUUGGAGUAGGUGUACCUCCAAUGGUUUCACCCGGUAGCAUAUCGGGAGCUCAAGCCAAUGGUGCCAACACUGGUAGUUCACUGCAAGCUCGACAACAGUCUCAGCCAGUAGUUCAAGCACUGCCCCGGGCAGCAACAUCCAUUCCGACUUCAAAAUCUCGAGUUACUGCAAAGAAAACAACAGCAAAUUCCACUUCGAGAGCGGAACUAAUGGUAACAGCUAACUCAGUAGCUGCUGCAGCCUGUAUGUCUGGCCUGGCAACUGCUGCAUCAGUGCCAAAGGUUGAACCAGGAAAAAACGCUGUUCCUGUGUUAGUGCCAAAGGUCGAACCCGUAAAAACUGCUUCCACAGCCUCUUUGCCUCGUACAUCAUCAGUAAUGAAUGCUGAGCCUGUAAAAACCGCUUCCACUUCGGCAGCUUCUAUGCCUCGUCCAUCAGGUGUAUCAUCAUCACUGAAUGCUGGGCCUGGAAGAACUGCUUCGGCAGCCUCUGUGCCUCGUCCAUCAGGUGUAUCAUCAUCACUGAAUGCUGGGCCUGGAAAAACUGCUUCGGCAGCCUCUGUGCCUCGUCCAUCAGGUACAUCAACUGAGCCUGGCAAAACAGUUUUGGCACCCUCUUUCCCUCGGCCUUCAGGUGUUAUCUCAGCAUCAAAGCCUGAGCCUGUUAAAGCCGCUCCAGCAGCCUCUUUGCCACGUCUGUCAGGUGUUAUACCAGCACCAAAGGCUGAGCCUGUUAAAACCGCUUUGGCGCCCUCUUUGCCUCCUCCAUCAGGUGUUAUAUCAGAACCAAAGGCUGAGCCUGUUAAAACACCUUUGGCCCCCUCUUUGCCUCGUACAUCAGGUAUUAUAUCAGCACCGAAGGCUGAGCCUGUAAAAACCGCGCCUGCGUUCUCUUCGCCUCGUCCAUCAAAUAUUUCACCAGCACCAAAGGCUGAGCCAGCAAAGAGUGUUGCUGCCGCUACCAACACUCAAGUGUCUGGGCCUUUGAAUAUAAGGAAUGCAGUUAAUGGAAGCCCAAAGAACUUGAUAUCUUCAUCACCUUCUAAUAAGCCUUUUUCACCUAUGGCUCCUUUCUCCAAAGGACCUACAAUCCAGAACACUUCAGUUCCUUCUAGUUUUGCGUCGUCAAGGUUGGCCCCAACACAGAGAGUAGUUCCUGCGGCUACUGUGACUACACAAAAGCUAAGCGCGGGAACAGCAGUCACCGCCUCUUCCAAGCAGGUUGUUGUACAGAAAGAGCAAACUCAAGGAAACAAAGCAAGCCCUUUGGUUGCAACAACAACAACUCAGCCAAAUAAAACCAUCUCAACAAACUCAGUGACUAGUACAGGAAACCCAGUGGCUACAAAAGUGGAGACUCCUCCUUGUCUUACGCCUAAGAAAAACCAAGUACUUCAGACUGAAGUUGGCAGUAGCACCGAUAAAAGUCCGUUGGCUAAACCACCUGAAAAAGAGAGUAGUGCCACGGUUUCACCUCUCGUUGUAGCCGAGUCAGAAUCAAAACCCAAGGAUGAAACUAGCCAAGGCAAAAGCCCGGAUGUUGCAACCGUGACAGGGACCGUGGAGAAGGGGUUGUAGUUCAUUUGCCUCAUUGUUUUAGUGCUUUUCCAUUAAUGUCUUUUUUAGGACUCAAACAAGAAUAUGAUGAUGUACAGUAGUGCUUACUACUUACUACUAAUUAGUAUUAUGAGUUUUCAAUAAAUAUUACUUUAAAAAUCUCCAAAGAGAUUUUCAAAGUUUAGAAAACA